AUGGAGCACCACGAAGCAGUGAAUGUUGUGAGGCUGGGCCCUCGGAUACCACAUCCAGAAGCAGUGGGUAUGAUGGGCAAUGUAAUGGAAAUCGCGGUCCCAGGUCGCAUCGUCGAACGCACCCCACCUACUGGCACUGAAGAUUCAUCAUCAUCCACAACCUCAACCUCCUCUAGCUCCAGCUCUUCAAGCUCUUGUGGUGCGAAUUCAUGCGAGAAGGGGGUUGGCGGCUCUACGUAUUCUCUGCCCAUCGCUCUUGGUAUUGUUAUCCCCCUGGUUGGCGCCCUGGUCUUGUUUCUUUACCUCCACCGUAGACAUGUUCGCAGACAGAGGAUCGAGGAUGCCAACGAUAGACACGCGUCUAUGGACUUCGGAUUGGGAGACGUGCCUCAACCUGGCCGACCUAGGAAGAAUAAGAAUGGGCCAAAUAUGACUGAGAUGGAUCUUGGUGGAGAAAAGGGAAUCACGCAUGCAAGCCAGCGAUCUAUGGACUUCAACAUGGAAAGCCCCUAUCUUCUGCCUCCGGAGGUACAAAACUCUCGGGAAUCUCUGCAUUCUUUGUCAAGGUCGACCGAAGACCCCUACAGACCUGUUACUCAGUACUAUCCAGGCGACGAGAAGUCAAUUCGCUCCCUAUCGAGGAAUAAUGGCUCCUCCAUCUACACCGGUUCCAGCAUGGCGCCAUCAAGAAUGCAUGAUACAGGUACAUCAGAGCUUCUACCAAAUGCUUCGAGUAUGCCCCGAAGCCAUCCUCCACGCGUCAACUCCCUUCACCAAAGCAAUGCGCUUCCAGGUUCUACCGAUUCUCGACCACCGGUUCCACCUUAUCCUUCUGAGCCACCACAGGCUCAUCUCCCCGAACCACCACACUCAGAAGAGAUCAAUAGCAAAGGCCUGCCCACAAGCCCUCGCCCCGGACAAAGUCUGGCCCCAAUUUCCCCUACUGCUGGAAAUGACCGGACAUCAGUUGCUAGUGACAAUGCUGCCAUGAGGCAAAGCAACAACUACCUGGGUGCUUUCAUCAUUGGCGACGACGAAGCGCCAGCACCUCUAAGCACGCCCCCAGAGACAACUCGCAAACCUCCACCUCCAAUGAUCAAUACUCUUCCACCGAGCUCCCAGGCCUUCGAAGAAGAUGAUGAUCAGUAUGGUGAUGGAUUCAAGGUCACUCCCCCUUCUCCAAGCCACGAUGCUGAGACUAUGCGAGGUCAGAGGUAUUCCAUGGAUGUUCCUCCAGAAGAGUUUGCUCAAGCUGGUUUGGGCGCCCCUGGGUUUGACCCAAAGCGUCUCUCUAUGGGAUUCCGUCCAUUGCCCCCAGACGCUGUCACCGAGUCGGAUGAUCCAGAAAUCAGAGCAAACAGAAUCCGUUCUUUCUACAAGGAAUACUUUGACGACUCGAAACCAGAUCCAUCUGGAGGUCAGUACUAUGAGGAUUAUGACGAGAAUUACUUGGGCGAGGCCGCCUACUUCGACCCUGACACUAAUGCGUUUGUUAUGCCCUACUCACAACCUGUCACACGUCGUGCCAUGACACCACCUCCAAGAGGCAGAUUUGGAGGGCCGCCCCGUGCUUUGCAUGGUUCAAUGGGUGCAAUGCCUGGACCUCGAGGACAACCAGGCCCAAGAGCCUUCUCUUCGGCCUCAGGUCGUCCACCGCCAAGGAAGCCAAUGCCUCCCCCAUCAGCUCUCAACACCUUGCCAACUCCCUCAAAACUCAAGGACGAUUCAUUUGCUCUAUUGAAUACUCACGAGUUCGCGCCACCACAAAACUAUCGUGACAGAGUGGCUGGUAGAUCUGAUAGUCCACUCGGAGAGAGACGUCCGUACUCGCCAUCAGUACCCGCGUUUACUCCAACCGUCAGUGCUUUUGAUGAGCUCGCAGCCAUGCCAAGCCCACAUCUGCUCCGCAAGUCUGGAACCUUUACCGGACUGGAUUUCGCACCACCAAAGAGGAUUAGGGAUCCUGAUAGCAUGAGUGACGCCGGCAGUAUUCGCAGCAACCGCAGUGGUAUCUCGAAGGUACAGCUAGGAGCCAUCCGUAGUGGAGCGUACCGCAUCAGCAGAAUCCCCAAGGACGCCGUCUUCACGAAGGACGAUCUAGCUGCGACGCUGAAGCCAUCGUGGGACAUGCAAAGAUGA